GAAUUUGUCAAGUUGUUCGUGUUUUAAUCUCCCGAGGAGUUCCGAGAUUUUAAGCGCCAGGGAACUAAACAACACUACACACUAACAAGGACCAAGGGUUUUACUCUACUGUGUUUAGGAUAUCCGUUUGGCAGCUAUAAAUAGAUUUAACCGACCGAUAAGAUGAGCAGUAAGGAUUACUACCCAAUGGAGACCAAAGGAAGUCCAAAGAGCUACAGCCCCCACAAAAACGGAAGUCUUAUGGACAAGAAUUCCUCUGAACAGACAGAGAAGUUCCUUCCUGUUAUAGAACCAGGCUUGGACUCCCUCAACAAGAACCCAGAGGAUGUGGAUUUUAUCCCCGUGGACCACACCCCACCGGACAGGUACCGUAUUGUAUUCUUCAUCAUGGUCGUUCAUGGAAUUGGAAUUCUGAUGCCCUGGAACAUGCUGAUUAAUGCUAAACAGUACUUUGAGGAGUACAAGCUGGGUAAGAAUGAGACAGAAGUGGUGGAACUGAAGGGGAAGUUUAUGUUUUAUCUGGGAAUCUUCUCUCAGGUCCCUAGUUUUGUGAUGAGUGGCAUCAACACGUUCUGUCAAUGUGGGGGACAAGCGUCACCCCGGAGGAUCAUCAUCUCCAUCAGUAUAAUGAUUAUUGUCUUCAUCGCCACGGUGAUCCUAGCAAUGGUGGACUCCUCAGACUGGUCUGUGGAGUUUUUCUGGAUCACUAUGAUGACAGCUGUGGUACUAAACAUGGCCACAGGAGUUUACCAAAACAGUUCAUUUGGACUGGCAGCCAUAUUGCCCAUGAAGUACACAAAUGCCAUCGUCCUGGGAACAAAUUUCUCUGGUGUGUUUAUUGCUGUCAUUAACAUCAUCUGCAUUAUCAGUGCCCCGGACCCUAGGACCCAGGCUAUCUAUUAUUUUGUGUGUGCUAUAGCUGUCCUGUUGAUUGCAUUUGAUGCAUACUUUCUCCUACCAUUAAUGAAAUUUUAUCAGCAUCACCGUGCCUUGGUACGGCACCAACAGAAUACAUCAGGUCCUUCAAAGUCAUUCUCGGAGACCUGUGUUUUGUUUGGUCAAGUCCUGAAAAAGAUCUGGGUCCAGGCUCUGUGUGUGUGGUUUAUUUUCUUCGUUACCUUGACGAUAUAUCCUGGAAUUUGGAGUAAUGUCACCAAAAAGGAUUUCCCAAUAGAAAAUAAAUACUGGACAGUCAUUUUCUGUUUCCUGAGCUUCAAUGUGUUUGCAUUUCUAGGAAACAUUGUCUCAGAGUGGAAGAAGAUUCCUGGUCCCCGAUUUGUCUGGAUCCCCGUCCUUUUACGAGGUCUCUUCAUCCCGUUUUUCCUGUUCUGUCGAUUUGAGGUGGAGAACAAGGAGAGAACAUUCCCAAUUCUGAUUGACAAUGAUUACGUGUACAUCGUGGGGGGAAUUCUCUUGGCCUUCACCAGUGGUUACUACAGCAGUCUCACCAUGAUGUACGGACCUAAGUAA